UUGGAACGAAGAAGAUCAAGCAAAGUAAUCAAUAAAAGAGAAAACCUUUUAGGAAAGAAAAAGAAGCAACAUAAAUUAAAAAUGAAGGGAAUUCUAAAUAAAGACCUGUUGGAAAGAAACAAAAAUCAUUUAAAAGAGCAAGCAAAGAAAAAUUUCACAGAUGAAGGAGAUGAUCUAUUUAAUAUGGGCAUCAAGAUUCUCCAGGAGUCCAAAAGCCAAAAACAAAAAACAGAAGCCUAUGUGCUUUUUGCCAAAGCAGCUGACAUGGGAAAUUUGAAAGCUAUGGAGAAAAUGGCUGAUGCUUUGCUAUUUGGAAAUUUUGGCAUGCAAAACAUAACAGCAGCGAUCCAAUUAUAUGAGUCCUUGGCUAAAGAAGGAUCAUACAAAGCCCAAAACGCAUUAGGAUUUUUGUCUUCUUAUGGAAUAGGAAUGGAAUAUGAUCAAGCUAAGGCUCUGAUAUAUUAUACAUUUGGAAGUGCUGGAGGAAGCAUGAUGUCCCAGAUGAUUUUGGGGUACAGAUAUUUGUCAGGAAUCAAUGUUCUACAGAAUUGUGAAGUUGCCCUAAAUCAUUACAAGAAAGUGGCAGAUUACAUUGCUGACAAUUUGGAAAAAAGUGAAGGAAUUCCAGUGGAAAAAGUGAGACUAACUGAGAGACCUGAAAAUCUGAGUUCUAACAGUGAGAUAUUGGAUUGGGACAUAUACCAAUACUAUAAAUUUUUGGCAGAAAGAGGAGAUGUUCAGAUACAAGUAUCUCUUGGACAAUUACACCUAAUUGGGAGGAAAGGUCUAGAUCAAGAUUACUAUAAAGCAUUAUACUACUUCUUAAAGGCAGCAAAGGCCGGAAGUGCAAAUGCCAUGGCUUUUAUAGGAAAGAUGUACUUAGAGGGGAAUGCUGCUGCACCUCAAAAUAAUGCUACUGCCUUUAAAUACUUUUCCAUGGCAGCCAAUAAGGGCAAUGCAAUUGGUCUUCAUGGACUUGGUCUCCUUUACUUUUAUGGAAAAGGAGUUCCUGUGAAUUAUGCCGAAGCACUUAAAUACUUUCAGAAAGCUGCAGAAAAAGGAUGGCCCAAUGCACAGUUCCAGUUAGGCUUCAUGUACUACUCUGGCUCUGGAGUAUGGAAGGAUUACAAACUUGCCUUCAAAUUUUACUUGGCAUCCCAGAGUGGGCAGCCCCUUGCCAUUUAUUAUCUGGCUGAGAUGUAUGCAACAGGAACAGGAGUGUUAAGAUCCUGCAGGACUGCUGUGGAGCUUUAUAAAGGUGUCUGUGAACUAGGCCACUGGGCUGAGAAAUUCCUGACAGCUUAUUUUGCGUAUAAGGAUGGUGAUAUAGAUUCUUCUCUUGUUCAGUAUGCACUGCUUGCAGAAAUGGGGUAUGAAGUAGCUCAAAGCAAUUCAGCAUUCAUUUUGGAAUCUAAAAAGGCUAAAAUUUUUGAAAAAGAGAAGAUGUAUCCAAUGGCACUUCUUCUAUGGAAUCGAGCUGCCAUUCAAGGCAAUGCAUUUGCUAGAGUAAAAAUUGGAGAUUACCAUUACUAUGGCUACGGAACUAAGAAAGAUUACGAAACAGCAGCCACACAUUACAGCAUUGCAGCUGACAAAUAUCAGAGUGCUCAAGCCAUGUUCAAUCUGGCCUAUAUGUAUGAACAUGGCUUAGGUAUCGCAAAGGACAUUCACUUGGCCAGGAGAUUAUAUGACAUGGCUGCUCAAACAAGUCCAGAUGCUCACAUACCUGUGUUCUUUGCCCUUAUGAAACUGGAAACUAUGCAUUUGCUCCGCGAUAUCCUGUUUUUUAAUUUUACUUUGAGGUGGAAAUGGAUGAAAUUGGACAACAUGCUUGGACCAUACUGGGAUUUAUUUAUGAUUGGCCUAAUUAUUGUCAUGCUGAUCUUCUUGAUUAGAAACCGCCAUAGGUAG